CCCUCUGGGCAGGAAGACAAACAGGGCUGGAACAGAACGGGACAGGAGGACGGAAUGUCCCCUGGGCAGAGCGGGACUGGAGGCCCCUGCCCCCCAUCAGCCAGGAGGGAGGGGAUGAGGGCAACUGCUGGCUCCCUCCACCCAGCUGCCCCCUUCUGUGCCUCCCACCCACUUGCACUGAGGGGUUCUUUCCCAUCUGGAGAGUCAGAAGAGUCCACUCCCCUCCCUCCAUCAUGCCUGUGGGUUGGGCUACAGGUCUCCUGCUCGUGGGUGAGGUUGAUGGCCUCUGGGUUUUAGGAAGGGGCAGCUUCCCCUCCUAGAGUUUUGCGUCCGUGGAGGUUGGCGGGGACGUCACAAGAAAGGAAUUAGAAGAAUAAAGGCUUUGGAACUUCACUGCCUGACUUCAAAUCCCAGCUCCACCACUUAAUGGCUUUGUGACUUUUGGGGCAAAGGACUUCACUUUCCAGAGCCUCAGUUUCCCCUUUGUGAAGUGGAGGUUUAAAGUGCUCUCUGCCUAGGGCUUUCUUAGGAUUGAAUGAGUACACAUAGGCUGAGUCCUUACUUAGUGCAACGCCAGACCCAUAAAUGCUUAGCAACUUAUAGCUGCUUAUUAAUGGUUUUAUCAAUAGUAUCAAUAUAGAUAAGAUUACACAUACUAUACUAUAUGUAACAUACUCUAUAAUUUUCUUCCCCAAAACUAUAAUUUGGAUUCAGACAGACCUGGAGUUUGACUUUUAAGACAGUGGCAGAAACAGGGAGAAGUACUGAAAUCUGGAGAUAAACCCAGGGCCAUACAACAGAGGAAACUGAAGAGUUUAGGAAGACCAGCGUUCAAACCCUGGCUUCACUCCUUGUGGGCAAGCACUGCACCUCUCUGUGCCUGGGCUUCAUCUGUUCAACGGGGAAAAUGUUACUACCUUCCUUCUAGGGAUGUCUGAGCUAAACGGGUUAAUGUCAGUUACACACUCGGCACGGGGUCUGACCUAAUAGUAAAAGCUGGAUAAGUGGUAGAUAUUUCUGAAAAAAAAUGACACUCAUCCUCUCCUCCCAACCCCACAUGCAGAAUUCAGGCAUUUGAAGUGGAUUAAAGGGCAGAGAUGAGUGGUGAGCCGUUGGCCCUGGGGUUGGUUUGCUGUGUCACCCUGGCAGGGCCCCUGUUGGUGGGUCGUUGGACUUUGAGAUCUGUACUCCAAGAUUCUGAGGACUCAGCUCAGCUGAGGAGGGGAAAGGGCAGAAGAGGGGGUUCUGGGAGACUGUAGGGCAGGGGGCCUGGAGGCGUCUUCUUGCGCCCUCCGUUCCCUGGCUCCUGGCCAGCUCUGCCAGCCCCCUCCCAGCCGGAGGCCUCCCUGUUCCCCGGUCUUCCCAAGCCCGGAGAAUAAACAGCAGAUAAGUCAGGGAGGGGACAGAGCGGCCCUGGGCACGCCUUGGAGAGGAGUGAGGCACCGGAGGGCAGCAUGGGCUGGCGCCGGGACAGAUAAAACCUGAGGCAAGGAGCGACUCCACGGUAUAAUCCACCCAGGCCCAGAGAGCUCCGGCAACUCGCCCGGGCCACACUGCGAGGCCAGCACAGUCGCGGCUCUGCCGUCUCUGAACCCGAGACCCAUGUGGCAGCAACCCACGUGCUUGUCCCAUCCAACUCUUUCCCUUCCCGGGGCGCCGCCAGUGAACGCUGCCCAUGCCCGCAGGUCGAGCACGGAGCUGCGCAAGGAGAAGUCCCGGGAUGCGGCCCGCAGCCGGCGCAGCCAGGAGACCGAGGUGCUGUACCAGCUGGCGCACACGCUGCCCUUCGCGCGCGGGGUGAGCGCCCACCUGGACAAAGCCUCCAUCAUGCGCCUCACCAUCAGCUACCUGCGCAUGCACCAACUCUGCGCCGCAGGGGAGUGGAACCAGGUGGGAGCAGGGGGCGAACCACUGGAUGCCUGCUACCUGAAGGCCCUGGAGGGCUUCGUUAUGGUGCUCACCGCCGAGGGAGACAUGGCUUACUUGUCAGAGAAUGUCAGCAAACACCUGGGCCUCAGUCAGCUUGAGCUGAUCGGACACAGAGUCUUUGAUUUUGUCCAUCCCUGUGACCAAGAGGAGCUUCAGGACGCCCUGACUCCCCGGCAGAGCCUGUCCAAAAAGAAGCCGGAGGCCCCCACCGAGCGGUGCUUCUCCUUGCGCAUGAAGAGCACCCUCACCAGCCGCGGGCGCACCCUCAACCUCAAGGCGGCCACCUGGAAGGUACUGCACUGUUCUGGACACAUGAGGGCCUACAAGCCCCCUGCACAGUCUUCCCCGGCCGGGAGCCCCCACUUGGAGCCCCCCCUGCAAUGCCUGGUGCUAAUCUGUGAAGCCAUCCCCCACCCUGGCAGCUUGGAGCCCCCGUUGGGCCGGGGGGCCUUCCUCAGCCGCCACAGCCUGGACAUGAAGUUCACCUACUGUGAUGAGAGGAUUGCGGAGGUUGCUGGCUACAGCCCUGAUGACCUGAUUGGCUGUUCUGCCUAUGAGUACAUCCAUGCGCUGGACUCAGAUGCAGUCGGCCAGAGCAUCCAUACCUUGCUGAGCAAGGGCCAGGCAGUAACGGGGCAGUACCGCUUCCUGGCCCGGAGUGGUGGCUACCUGUGGACCCAGACCCAGGCCACAGUGGUGUCGGGGGGCCGGGGCCCCCAGUCUGAGAGUAUCGUCUGCGUCCAUUUCCUGAUCAGCCGGGUGGAAGAGACCGAAGUGGUGCUGUCCCUGGAGCAAACGGAGCGACACUCUCGCAGACACGUUCAGCGGGGCACCCCCUCUCAGAAGGAUGCCCCUAAUCCUGGUGACAGCCUUGACACCUCUGGUCCCCGGAUCCUAGCCUUCCUGCACCCCCCUGCCCUGAGUGAGGCCGCCCUGGCCGCUGACCCCCGUCGUUUCUGUAGCCCUGACCUCCGUCGCCUCCUGGCACCGAUCCUGGAUGGGACUUCAGUAGCCGCUACCCCCAGUGCACCCCCAGCCCCACGACGCCCCCGAAGUCCUCUUCCGGCUGAUCUCCCAGAUGAACUACUUGUGGAUGUGGAGAAUGCACACAAACUCUUCGCCUCUGGGAAAGACCUUGAGGCAGUGGAGACAGAUCUAGAUAUAGCUCAGGACGUCGAUGCUCUGGACUUGGAGAUGCUGGCCCCCUACAUCUCCAUGGAUGAUGACUUCCAGCUCAACUCCAGUGAGCAGCUACCCAGGGCCUACCACAGACCUCCAGGGGCUGUCCCCCGGCCCCGUGCACGGAGCUUCCACGGCAUGUCGCCCCCAACCCCUGAGCCCUCCCUGCUGCCCCGCUGGGGGAGUGACCCCCGGCUGAGCUGUUCCAGCCCCUCCAGAGGGGACCCCUCAGCAUCCUCCCCCAUGGCUGGGGCUCGGAAGAGGGCCCUGGCCCAGAGCGCAGAGGACGAGGCAGAGGGGGUGGAGCUGCUGGGAGUGAGACCCCCCAAACGGUCCCCCAGCCCAGAACCCGAAAACUUCCUGCUGCCUCCCCUCAGCCUGAGUUUCCUUCUGACAGGAGGACCAGCCCCAGGGAGCCAGCAGGAUCCCAGCACCCACCUCCUAGAACUGAAUGAGCCCCUGGGCCUGGGCCCCUCCCUGCUCUCUCUCUACCCGGACGAGGACACCGCCCAGCCCAGGAGCCACUUUCAGCCAGCGGCAGGCUUGGCCCAGGCCAACUGAGCCAGGUCCUCUUCCCACCUCCCUUCUCCCCCCACAAGAAAGGACGUCAAUCAUACUCCAAGCCGGCAGCCAAUGCACAGGACGGAGGUGCCGGGAGAGGGGCUCCCUCUCUCCUCUCGGUGACCCCCGCCCGCCUCAGGCCUACCUCAGUCCCCACCCCUCUGCCCCACCCCCACUGUCUGGGGGUGCUCCGGGGUGGUCUCAGCUCAGUGACCUCUGGGAGGGGGUCCCUGGCCCCCUCCUGCUUCUCUCAGGACUUCCCUUGGGGUUCUCAGUACCGGUUACCUCAUCCUUUUCUCCAAUUCUCUUGGCUUUAUUUUCGGUAAUUAGGGGUGGGGGAGUUUGGGGCUCAGGUCUGCGUUUCUGGGCUUGGGGGAGUAUUGAUAACCAGAAGGACCUUGCUUUCCAUCCAUCUUUCUUUCAUUCUUAUUUUUAUUUUUGUUGCUUUCAUGAUAUGUUUUUCAUCGCUACGAACUGCCUGGGGUCCACAAGAAUGUGGGACCCUGAUCUUCCCACCAACUCAGGUGUCAAUGGGGACGGCAGGCCUCUGGGCCAGACCUCACCCCCGGCGACUCCUGAUUGAGCCCUUAGCCUCCCAAGCGGCCACCCAGCUCUACCCGCCCCUCCGCUCUGGACUUCUGCUGGCUCCUGCCUGACCUGGACCCCGACUCCAUAGGUGGUCUUCCUAUCCCAGGUGUAGCUUCCGACCUCUGCUUCCAGACCAUACCACCUCCAACCCUUUCUGGUUCUAGACCUUGCAUCCUCCAAACCGCUGUGAUUCCGGAUCUCACCGUCUUCUCCUUCUGGACCCCACAAUCUCCAACUCUGUCUAUCUUUCUACUUCACGCUUUCUAAAGUUGUCUGGUUCUAGGCCUCACAACCUCCAACUCCCUCAGGCCUAGGACCACCAGAACCCUCUGGUUCUAGAGCUCACGCUCCGCCUUCCUCUGGUUCUAGAGCUCUCCCCACAGGUCUCCCUUCUUCUCAAUGGCACAUGCUCCUACUCCUGCUGAUUCCAGCUCUUACAACCAGAUUUCUUCUGAUUUUGGAACCCCACAUCCCCAAGCUUGGAAUUGGUUCUAGUCUUCCUGAUCUGUAACGCAUUUCGUUCCAAAUCUAGACUUCGUGAUGUCUCAAUCAUUUUGAUUCAUGAUGCCCAGCUCAUCCCUUUUCAACUCUACACUCGAGACUUGCUUCUCCCAUCAAAAAGAAGUAAAAUGGGUUUCAUGUCUUGACCUUAUGGGUUUCGUGUCUGGACCUUUCAGAACCAGACACAAUGUUCCAGUUCUCUUUUGCUCUCGACCUCAUCAUCGCUACCACUGACUGGUCCUGGACUAUACAACCUUUAUACUUUGCAGUUUCCAGGGCCCUCUGAUUCCAGAUCUGAUGAUCUCCCUUUCUUCUGGUUCUAGUAAUGGGCUUCAAAUGUCUUCUGAUUCCAGACCUCGUCCUAUAAAUUUCCUUGAUUCUAGACCUCACAAUCUCCAAUUGCCCCUCAUUCCACAUCUUAUGACUCCAAACUACCACGUAUCUAGAACUCAGCCUUCAAACAUCUUCUGAUUACAGACCUUGCCUUAUAAAUUUUUCUGGUUCUAGACCUUACAGCUUUAAAUUCCUGAUUCUAGACCUUACAACUCCCAAAUCCCUCUGGUCCUAGAACUUGGUCUUCAGACUUUUUCAAAUUCUAGUCCUUACUCUGUAUCUCUGGUUCUAGACCUCACAGCGUCCAAGUGCCUCUAUUUCAGAUCCACAUUCUUUUGGCUCUAGAACUCAGCCUCCAAAGGCUUCUGAUUUUAGAAUCUGGACCUUGCCCUGUAGAUUCCUCUAGUUCUGAAUCUUAAGACCUCUGACUCCCUCACUCCAGACCCCACCCUCCUAACUCUAUUCUGGGCUUCCCGCCCAACUCAACUUGCUCUAAUUACUACUCUCUGCCUUAAGUCUUCCCAUUCCAGAUCCCUACCCUCCAGGUCCUUGAGCUAAUGGACUUCAUGCUCAAGCCUUUCCAUUCUCAGUCUCAUAUCCCUAAAAGUUCUCUGUCCUAGAACCCCCUCCCUCCCCACCUCAGCCCUCAGAUAUGUACUUACUAUUACUUAACCCCAGGUAUCUGGGGAACCUGGGGCUCCCUCACAAUCCAGGUGACUUCCCCAGCCGCACAGGCACACGCACAGCCCUAUCUGCAUAUCAUGGGGUGGGGAGAGAGGCCAGGACUCCUCAGUACUCCACCACCACCUAUGUGUCCCCGUCCCCUUCCCCCAACCUUCUUUCGACGAUGGUGCUAUUCUCGGUCUCCCACAGGAAAAGGCCUCCCUCUCUCAACCCAAUUCACCCCCUUUAUGGAAGGCACUUCUCACUGUUUUGUCAAGGGAUGGCCUGUCCAGAUCGGUGCUAUGAGGGGAAGGGUCUGACCCCUCCCUCUCUCAGCGGGUGACCUAGGCCCUCUAUGGAGGGAACUGUGUGGGCUGGGGGAGGGGAAGGGACUGGACCAGCCAUGCUGGCUGUGAAACCCACUGAUCUCUAAACCCCCAUAAAGAUCUCACCUUGGUA